CGCAGGCGGGCAGCGGCAGCAUGGCGGCGAUGGCGGCGGAGGAGACGGAGGUGCUGAAUUUGUUCACCGGCAUCGGGCUGACCGAGGCCAAGGCCCGCGAGACGCUGCGCAACGCCGCGUUGAGCGCGCAGCUCCGCCAGGCCGUGCUGCAGGCCCGCGCCGCGCUGGGCUCAGGCCUGGAUAAAGCCACCGGUGCUCUGCUGUACAAUGCGGCCGCCCGGCUCCGCGACCCUGACCGCUUGGCCUUCGUGGUGGGGUACAUCGGGCGGAGGGAGAUCCGCACCGACCAGCAGUUGGGCGCCGCCCUGCAGUACCUCCGCAGUCACCCGCUGGAUCCGCUGGAAGCGGCCGACUUCGAGCGGGCGUGCGGCGUGGGGGUGCGGGUCAGCCCCGAGCAGAUCGAGGAGGCGGUGGAGGCCGUGGUCAGCCGGCACCGGGAGGAGCUCCUGGCGGAGCGGUACCGCUUCAACACGGGGCUGCUGAUGGCGGAGGCGCGGAGCCGGCUGCAGUGGGCAGAUGGGAAGAGCAUCAAGAACGAGGUGGAUCUGCAGGUGCUGCAUUUGCUGGGACCAAAGACAGAAGCUGAUCUGGAAAAGAAACCAAAGGCUGCCAAGGCCCGGCCAGCCCCAGUGGAAAAGCAGAAGGUGCUGGUGGUGGAGAAUGGUGAGGUGGGCACGGAGACGAAGUCGCUGCUGGAGCAGCUGCGAGGAGAAGCUCUGAAAUUCCACAAGCCGGGAGAGAACUACAAGACGGAGGGCUAUGUGGUGACACCAAACACCAUGGCUCUGCUGAAGCAGCAUCUGGCAGUCACGGGUGGGCAGGUGCGGACACGGUUCCCUCCUGAGCCCAAUGGCAUCCUGCACAUUGGCCAUGCCAAGGCCAUCAACUUCAACUUUGGUUACGCCAAGGCGAAUGGGGGAAUCUGCUUUCUGCGCUAUGACGACACCAACCCUGAGAAGGAGGAGGAGAAGUACUUUACAGCCAUCCGAGAGAUGGUGGAGUGGCUUGGCUACCAGCCCUAUGCUGUGACCCACGCCUCAGACUACUUUGACCAGCUCUACGCCUGGGCUCUGGAGCUCAUCCGCAGGGGACAGGCCUAUGUUUGCCAUCAGAAGGUUGAAGAGAUCAAGGGCCACAACCCACCACCAUCACCGUGGCGGGACCGGCCUGUGGAGGAGUCACUAGUGCUCUUUGAGGACAUGCGAAAGGGAAAGUUUGGGGAGGGGGAGGCCACGCUGCGAAUGAAGCUGGUGAUGGAGGAUGGGAAGAUGGACCCCGUUGCCUACCGUGUCAAGUUCACUCCGCACCACCGCACUGGGGACAAGUGGUGCAUCUACCCGACGUAUGACUACACACAUUGCCUCUGCGACUCCAUCGAGCACAUCACGCACUCCCUCUGCACCAAGGAGUUCCAGGCCAGGCGCUCCUCCUACUUCUGGCUGUGCAAUGCGCUGGACGUGUACUGCCCUGUGCAGUGGGAAUAUGGCCGUCUCAACCUGCUCUACACCGUUGUCUCCAAGAGGAAGAUCAUCCGCCUGGUGGAGACUGGGGCUGUGCGGGACUGGGAUGACCCGCGGCUCUUCACGCUGACUGCCCUGCGCCGGCGAGGCUUCCCUCCUGAGGCCAUCAAUAACUUCUGUGCACGGGUUGGUGUGACAGUGGCCCAGGCGACGAUGGAACCGCACUUGCUGGAGGCGUGCGUGAGGGAUGUGCUGAAUGAGCAGGCCCCCCGCGCCAUGGCUGUGCUGGAGCCCCUCAAGGUCACCAUCACCAACUUCCCGGCCCCCCAGACAAUCGAUGUCCUCGUGCCCAACUUUCCUGCUGAUGAGAGCCGGGGCUUCCACAAAGUGCCCUUCCAGUCUGUUGUCUACAUCGAGGAGACCGACUUCAAGGAGGAGGCGGACAGGGGCUACAAGCGCCUGGCCCUCGGGCAGCCCGUGGGGCUGCGGCACACCGGCUACGUCAUCGCUGUGCAGAAUGUCAUCAAGGAUGCCCAUGGGCGUGUCAUUGAGCUGGAGGUGACCUGCACCAAGUCGGAUGCAGCGGAGAAGCCCAAAGCCUUCAUCCAUUGGGUGUCAGAGCCACGGGUGUGCGAAGUGCGGCUGUAUGAGCGGCUGUUUUUGCACAAAAAUCCUGAGGACCCUUUGGAGGUGCCGGGUGGAUUUCUGAGUGACCUCAACCCAGACUCCCUCCACGUGGUGGACAAUGCCCUGGUUGACAGCUCUGUCCUCGGGGCCCAGCCCUUUGAUAAGUUCCAGUUCGAGCGCCUGGGCUACUUCUCAGUGGAUCCUGACAGCACUGACAGCAAGCUGGUGUUCAACCGGACUGUGAUGCUGAAGGAGGACCCCGGCAAAGCCUGAGCCCUGCUGCCACGCUGCUGCCUGUGUGCCCUCAGCCAGGGGAAGGCUCCUGGGGGGGGCAGGAUGGAGCCCAGCCCCACGCCCUCUCACCAAGAGCCGCAGCUGCCUUAGCACAGCCCCGCGGGGACGUGCCGGUGUCACCUCAAUAAAGUGGAGCAUCGCA